AUGGGCAACGCUAUUCGUCGUAAGCGUCGAUUGCACAAAUCGAAAUCAAAGAAGCCGGUUGUAGCACGUUAUGAAGAGGCUACAAGUCCAGUUUUCGUUGUCCAGUCAAAUCCGUGCACUCCGGAAAUCGAGUUGGUCCCAAGUGAACCUGAACCUGAAAAUAAUUCAAAUAAGUUCUAUCAAGUUCGAGCGUUGUAUUCAAUGAAGGCGUUGUUUCCAAGUGAUUUGUCUUUCCUGAAGGAUGAUCUCUUUUUGGUAAAGAGCAAGAAUUUGAAUGCUUGGAUCGAAGCAAUCAAUCUUCGUACGCAUGAAAAAGGCUUUAUCCCUGGGAAUUAUGUUUGCCUUGACGAUGGUGGACCGAAGAGUUUGGACGCAUUUUAUUCAAUUGAUCGACUGGAUGCUGAGAAAAAACUGUUUUUACCGGGACAAGUUGCAGGAACGUACAUAGUUAGACCAAGAGCAGGUACGUCAUUUUAUCGUGUAAGUAGGUUGUUUGGAGAGCUGUUCUGUCUAUCAAGCGGUUUUAAGUGA